CUGUGGUAGUUGUUGCACACGGACACUUUUAUGGCUGCACCCACCGGAAGUGUGCGGGUGUCACAGGAGAGGCUGUGGUUAGGUAGUGGCAUCAUCGAUAUACCGACAGUGAAUCUCCCCUGUGGAGUGAGCCAGCAUGGCCUCUGCACCGGCGCAGCAGCAGCCCACGCUCACUGUAGAGCAGGCGAGAGUGGUUCUCAGUGAGGUGAUCCAGGCUUUCUCUGUGCCCGAGAACGCAGCGCGCAUGGAGGAAGCCAGAGAAAGCGCCUGCAACGACAUGGGCAAGAUGCUGCAACUAGUGCUUCCUGUGGCCACUCAGAUCCAGCAGGAGGUCAUCAAAGCGUACGGCUUCAACAACGAAGGAGAAGGUGUUCUGAAAUUCGCUCGGCUGGUGAAGAUAUACGAGACCCAGGACCCAGAGAUUGCAGCCAUGUCGGUGAAACUCAAGAGCCUCCUCCUGCCGCCUCUCUCCACUCCUCCCAUCGGCAGUGGCAUCCCGACCUCGUAGACCGUCUCAAACUCGCAGCUCCAGCGCAGAACCGCUCCAGCCAUACAAAGCGCGCGCGCAUCCCGGUCUCUCCAUCCAUUUUAGUCCGUUUGAACGCUUCUUUCGAGAGAGAUUUAAACUGAGACGAAGCACGAAUUGCACCGCGGAAAAAAAUAUUGAAAUAAAAAGAAAACAAGUUAUCGGUGAACUUACACAUUCCCAUUUUCUGUCAGUGAAACUAGCAUUCAAACCAUCGUUUUGCUUACAUAUUGAUUUUUUGUGUUCCUAUUCAUUUUGCCAUGUUGAAUGCGCAUAUUUAUCAAGCGUGACACUAAUUUGUUGAUGCCUUUUGAUGGUCUUGUUUGUUUUUUAAGGCUUUUUAUACAGAUUAUUCUCUCAUUUGGUCAUGUAAAUCAUAACCGACAACCCGUGACGCUGUUCUUGUGAUCGUUACUGUUUGAAAAACCCAUUAGUGUCACAUAAACGGUGUUCACCAAUAAAGACAUUUUGUAAUUUAA